AUGACCCCACAAACGAACUUCAUCAACCAUUUGGCGGCAGCAAUGCAAAUGAAUAGCAACAAUGCCACAAGCCAUACUGCAACUACGGGACAACACAAUACCCCUUCCACAACAUCGGCCACAAGAAAUUUCAAUGACAAAUCAAUGCCCACAAAUAUAAGGCGAACACCCGAACCACCACCAGCACCGAUAUUGGGAUCAUUAAGCCCCACAAGCAGGCCAGUUAAACCCAAUCAAGGCACGGCACCAAUGGAUUUGGAAAAUGAUGAUAAUGAAAUACCAUCCACGGUAGCUUCCUCGUCUGGUGCCACGACCUUAAUGGUGGGAAAUGAAUCCGCCGGGGCUAACAAAAUAAACUCGGCCGAUAAAAAUGCUUUAAAUUUAGCCAAUGGCAGUGUCUAUCUAAAUAGCCUGCUGACUGGUCAGAUACCUGGUAUCAAUCCGGCUUUUAUGUUUUUUCCAAAUGCGGCUGGUAAUCAACAAACUGCAGCAAAUAAUCUGCUAGAAUCGACCACCAUGAUGGCAGUGGCCAUGCAGCAAAUGCAACAAUUUGGGGCCUAUGGUAAUGGAGCUUUAACGGAUACAACAGCGGCUGCUGCUGCUAUGGGUGGGGGUGAUGUCAACAAAUUGGGACAAGUUAAUAGCGGAACGGAUGCGGUUACUCCACAACAACCCAUUAAGGAAAUAAUCAAAACAAAAAGCUGCAUAUUAUUUCCACCAAAUCCCUCGGCACCACCGCCCACAAUACGUGAUAGGCCACCAGGUUGUCGUACCGUAUUUGUUGGUGGUCUUCCCGAACAAAUAACCGAAGAAAUUUUACGGGAAAUUUUUGAAAGUUGUGGUGAAAUCUCCACCCUUCGGAUGUCCAAGAAAAAUUUCUGUCACAUACGAUUUCGACAAGAAGAAUCCAUUGAUAGAGCCAUUUAUUUAAGUGGCUAUCGUUUGCGUCUGAAUUCAACUAGCACCGAUCAGACAACAACAUUUGCACGUCUACACGUCGACUACGCCCAGGCCAGAGAUGAUCAAUAUGAUUAUCAGUGUAAACAAAGGCAACUGCAGAGGGAACAACGUCAUCGAGAACGUAUGUCCUUGGAUCGUUUACGUUCACAAUCACCACCACCCAUUCCGCAUUAUAGUGAUCAUGAAGCUUCAUUGGUGGCGGAAAGUUUACGCAGCAAUGACACCUUUAUAAAGGGUGUACAAACCCUAACUGUGUGGUUGGAACGCGGUGAUUGCAAUAAACGCAACGCCAAUGUUUUCUAUUCAAUGAUCCAAAGUACCCAUGCCCAUGUUAGACGUUUAACGGCUGAUAAACAAGUGCUGGAGGAGGAUUUGCGUAAAGCACGUGAAAGUUUUCGUAAACAAAUGUUGGCCAUGGCUGCACAAUUCACUCAGAUUGAUAAAGUGUUUAAUGCUGCUAGUCACAAGAAUCAGAAGGUUUGGGACCAUUUCACCAAGGCCCAAAGAAAAAACAUCGAUCAAUGGAAGAAAUUGGCCACGGAACUACGUUCUAUCCAAAUCGAUGAUGAUGAAAUGGAAAUGUCCGAUGAGGACCGGGAUUAUCAAACGUCAUCUAGUGCCAAGCGUCGUCGUUUCGAUAGUGAUAAUUUGAAGGAAGAAAAUGACUCCUUACGCUGUCAAUUGGAAGCGAUGCGCAAUGAGAUGAGCCUUGAGCGGACCGAUCUCAAGUAUAACAGUGAUUUUCGUGAAAAACAAAUGAAAGUGUUGCAGGAGACCAUACGAAAUAUGCAAACACAAUUGUUGCAGACGAAAAUGCGCGAACAGAAAGAUGCUAAACACAUCGAAAUGCUGGAAAAACGCCUGAAAGAGGCGGGAGUUAAGCAGCUACUGCUGAAGACCAAAAUCAAAGAAACAAAUGAAAAGUUGCGUGAUGCCAUGGGAGAAGUGAAGAAAUAUGAUAACUCCGAAGUCAUUGAUAUUGAUGUGGAUAAAAAUGAGGAUGAAGAGAACGAAGACGAUGAUGAUGAGGUGAAAAUAUUGGAAAUCAGUGAUGUGACAAAUGAAAUUAUAAAAGAGAAACCAGGAGAUAAAAUUGUGGAAACUAGUUCCACUGUUGAAGAGAAAUCUGGACAAGAAGUACUCAACAAAGCUGAGGAGAAACAACCUGAGGAGUUGAAGGUUGAAACAAAGUCUCCCUCACUCCUGGAAGAUGCCAAAAUAAUUGCCUUAGCCACAGCAUAUUUGCUCAUCCAACCCAUGGGUUCAUUUGCCUCCGAAAUAU